AUGAAACGCCUGAGGAAACUCUUCUCGGGGCGUGACGAAAAAUCAGAGUCAGCUCUUACUCGUCCAGUUUUUGGUCUUACUACUACAGCUUCUUCCUUGGACUUAGCCAAGAGUUGGCUUAGCAGCUGUGUUGCCCACCACCCUCAGUGUAAUAUAUCGGUCAAUCCUGUCAACUGGGUCCCCACACGGCUGCUUUACUUCACGGCAGGAACUGUCCAACUGAUCGAGACCAAAAAGACCAAGCCCACUACCCCCUACAUGACCCUCACUCACCGUUGGGGCUUCGCCGAUGAGGAGAUGAUGCUCAACAAAAGAACAUAUCCAUCCUUGAUAGGGGGAAUACCUAUCUCCUCAAUGCCCAAGCUCUUCCAAGAAGUUAUAACCGUGGCCCUCCAUCUCGACGUAAACUACAUCUGGAUCGAUGCCCUCUGUAUCUUCCAGGACAAAGAUGAUCAGACUGACUGGCAAAACGAAGCUGGCCAAAUGCAAAAGGUCUACUCCAACUCCUUCUGCAAUAUCUCCGCCGCCGACGCCACCUCCUGCUCCGACACACUCUUCAGCCAGCCUCGGAAUCUAAAAGAAGAGAUCCUCCCGCAGACCAUAUACCUCUCUAUCCCUUCAUCAUCCUCGUCAUCAUCCUCAUCUUUUCCUUCUUCACUUUCUCCUACCUUCACUACCUCCACCGCUUCGCAAACCAGCUCUCGUCUCCUGUCCUCCAUCUUGAACCAUCAUUCAAUCCCAAAACCCCCAUAUAUCGCAAUGAAUAGACCCAAAAUCAAAUUUGAGCCUUUUACCCUCAUCAACCUGUCCCUCUGGACCCACCAAGUCUCCCAUGCCCUCGUCAAUACUCGCGCCUGGGUGCUCCAGGAACGCGUGCUUGCGCCUCGAAUCCUCCACUUCGGCCGCCGCCAGCUAUUCUGGGAGUGUCGCUGUUCAGAAGCCUGCGAAGCUUUUCCAUCUGGUAAUCUACCGUCGCAAAUGACUAGGGGGGAGGAGUCCGGGGUGAAACUCACGCGGUCUCUUUAUUCUCGUCCACGCCUCCAAGACCAAGACAACAGCACCGACUUGUCUCUGUACCUAGCCUGGCACCUUCUAAUUCAAACAUACACCAAAACCUCUCUCUCAUUCCCAUCCGAUAAACUCAUCGCUAUCUCCGGCCUCGCCAAGCUUUUCCAAUCGUUAGCAAAGAGAGACGACUAUGUAGCCGGUUUAUGGCGCCCCUGGCUAGAAGGGGAGCUCCUCUGGGUUAACGCCUCCCCUCAAUGCCUCGGAGCGAAAGCGACAACAAAACGACCAGAAAUAUACAGGGCACCCAGUUGGUCCUGGGCAUCUAUUGACGGCCCUUUGUCAACGGGUACACCAAUGAAAGGUCCGGAUCACGGAUUCAAAAUAAGAGUGGAGGAUGUGCAACUGAGUUAUUUAACGGAAGAUAAGACGGGGGCGGUAACGGGUGGUCAGUUACGCUUGAGGGGGACAUUGUUUGAGACGGAGCUUGCGCGUGUUUCUUGUACGAAUGGGACGGUUGAGUGGACGGUUAAGCUGGAAGGGGUUCAUGUGUUAGAUGAGCAGGUCCUGCCGGCUCCAGCGUCUCUCAACCCCAGGGUUUGUUUAGAUGUGAUGCAGGAAAAUUUCGAGAGGGAGAAUGAGGAUGGUUUGCUCUUUAGCAUGGUGGCGAAGACGGGGGAGAGUGUGGGAGAGCAUAUGUAUAUGCUGCUCUUCAAGUUGGUAGACAGGCAAAGGGGGGUGUUCGAGAGGCUGGGGAUCAUGCUGGUGGCGGGAGAUAUAACAAAGAGGAGGGUAUUGGACGUAGAGAGAGGCUUUGACAAACCUAGUUUACCGUGCGUAGAGCUGCAUGAGGACGGUCAGUAUUCUAUCAUUGUCAUAUGA